AUGCGGAAGAAAAAGAAAAGUGUACUGAAAGAGACGUGCAUGGAAGGUCAUCUAGACUAUCCAAGUGGAAUUGAUCUACAUAAUAUAAUUGAAACUUUUGAUAUCAAUCUAUCAGUAUGUUUUAAUGGUGAUCCCAUCACUCUUGCCCAAUGGUAUAAGACCUUAUGUAUGGCAAAGGAGAAUCUCUACGAGCAACUGAAGCUGCUUCAAUUCUUUCGUGCCAAGUGUAAGUUGCUGGAAUCCAAUGUAGACCUUAACCUAGUUUCUGCCAUUUGGCAACUGAUUUUUCGACUCAGUGUAACUGUCGGUACACAACCUUUACAUAAAAAUCUGAAAUUGAUUCUAGUUGUGUUGACAAGGGAUGAAAAUGUUGCACGAAUGUUGCGCAACCUUGCCACCAUGGAAUUACAAUUGUUUCUUGAUACAUUAUGGAUGGAAUCAGAAAGACUGCCGAAUCAGACACCCGACCAUCGUGUGAUGCUACUGGAUCGGAUGUUACAUGUGAUUGAAUUACCAUUUGUAGCACGUCUUUUAGUUGAAAAUCCCAUUAAUGAAGUGGAAAAUGGUAAUCUCAAGCAUUUGGUGCAGUUUCUAACGUUUUGUGCGGAUCAAUUCGAGGCUCUAGGAGCGUCUAUUGUGAUGUAUCAUGACGUGAAUCAGAAUCUGAAGAAUUCGAAGCAUCAGAUACAAGAAGAGAUCAAGACAAGUCAAGUGGCAUCUACAAACGUCGUGUUACUAGCAUCAGAACGCUGUGGUCAUGCUCUUAAGAGUGUAAUUAUAUUGACAACAAUGAAGAAAAUACUCGACAAUCGUUUGGUGCAAUGCCAUGAAGUAACGACGAGUUUGGAGACUUUGACGGACGCGUUUUUUCGUAUUAUGGAACACUGUGUGUUGUUACUACAGACGAGUGUGAUACACAAGGAUCUAUUGACACAAGCAGGACUAGCCUAUUGUCUCGUGCUUCGGGCAUUGCUACGACUACAGUUGAUUCCGUUGGAAGAUUCUUACGAAAUGGCUACAAAAUUAUUGCUCCAGACAGCUUAUCCGAAGCGGAAUAUCAUUGGUUUGGACUCGUGUGCUAAUACAAAGUUACGAACACAUAUUGAAAAGGAUGUAGAGAGCUUUGGUGAUUUGUCGAGACUUGCGGUUUGUCGUGGCUUACUGAAUAGUCUUGCGGACGAUGAUCUUACAAAGUUUGGGCUGGAAGAGGCUGACACGAAUGCAGAACAGAGCGUGCUAAACACCAUCUUUACCGGUGUUCAGCAGUUUUAUGAUCACGAGUCGUACAACACACGUUUGUAUGCGUUUCAGGUGUUAGAGGCGUUUCUCCGCCGUGCAGUGCUGAUCAUGCAAAAACAAAAGAAACAAGUGUCCGUUGCAUCUGGUAGUUCUUGUGUUGUAUUGGCGGACGAUACGCUUACUAACCUAACUACUGCCGUAUUGUUAAACUGGGAGCAUCCAUCAAAGAAAGUGAACCAGUUUAUGGCCACGGUGUUUGCUCAUAUUGUACACUACUUUGUGCUUUCUGGCGGAUUUCAAAAAUGGAGUGAAGCGAUUUUGAAGCGAUUGGUAGAGCUACCGCCCACUAGCCGUGCAAAGUACGGAUCAUUGACGCUAUUAGUUGGAGAAGUUGGUGCAAAGCCUGUUUUACAGGCAAGUCCACCGUUGUUGUCGUCACUGCUUUUAGCAGUUGGUCAAAAGGACUAUGCUGCUCCGGCAGCUGCAAACUUGUUUGCUCGGAUUCUUGAUGAUCUUAGUGUGGGAAACGGUAAGACACGAAAGUCAAAGCACGAUUGCGAGACUGUGGUUGCGUGGCGACAACUCUGGCUUCCGGAUGUAGUUUGCAUGCUUUUAUCACGCGACGCAAAUUUUCGCUCACGGAUUGCUAUCUAUGUGAUCCCGCUGUUGCUGAAGAAAGACCCUGACUGUGUGUCUGUCCUGAUUGAGCGUUUACAAAAAGAAGCUACAAAGGAGGAGGCCAAUAGAGAAGCUGCAGAUGCUGCGUUGUGGGCUGAACUCGAAGUGCUGAAAUUUGCACGAAAGAAAAUGGCACCUGAGAAGCUUAUUGGUGUAUCGAUGGACGAGAUUGAACGCGGCCUUCGCCACGCCAAGGGAGAAACGCGUUGUACAGCGUUUGAUGCGCUGUGUGCAUCGUUAAAAUCGACUAGUAUGCCCACAGAUGAUGAGUUACGACUGGUGAAGUGUUAUUUGGUGGUAAAUGGAAAGGAAAUUGGCCCCGCUAGUUGCAUGAACACGCUGAUUGGCCUUAAGACAGUGCUAAUUCGCAUUAAGGAGACGCUGCGUCUCGCCAGUAAAGAUUUGGCUAAACCAAGGUCUAUUUGCGAUAACGCACCUAGGCGUGAUGAAUAUGCCGCUGCAGUAUCGUUUAAGCGCUGGAUAGAGCUUUUUAUUGUCGUUUCCGUUUACCCUGGUGCGCUUCCUCAACGCUUGACGCUGGGUUUGGAGGUUUUUCUUCUGUAUGUUCAGCUCUUUGGCUUUGGAAAUGACGAGGCUGAAGGGUCCUCACGAAGCCUUUUGUUCACUGGGCAGAUGGUGACAAGCCUUCUUAACAUACUCGUUAGUUCAUGGGACUCAAUUCGGUCUUUGUCGUUCACAAUCUUGGACUUGUAUCCGAACGAGCUGCCGGGUUAUUUCACGCGAGAAAAACUCCGCAUUCUUAUAGAAUGGGCUGUUGGGCUCAGCGGUAGUCCCCGGCAGCGUGAGAGCGACGCUGGAGCAAUGUUCAUCCGGCUGCUCUUUCGAAAAUGUAGCACAGCUAUACAACGAUAUGGGUUGACUUUUCAACGUGCAUCGGGACUUCAAAGUGGUGUUAUUGAAGCUAGCAGCAGCAAUUCGGAUGUGGCUUUUGUAUUGCAGUUGACGCAAGUAAUUUUGACGCGUGUUGAAGCUCUGAGCCCAGCAGAAAUCCGAUUGGGAAAGUCUCCUCUCGUGCAUGGUUUUCUGCUGUCAUUGCAUUACGUAUUGGAAAACGUGGCCUUCGAUAAGUGUUCCAGCAGUGAAGCCGCAGACUGGUCGCGGGCUAUGAAACAAGUAUUUGCGGCAAUUCAUUGCUCCAUGUCUGCCUCUCUUGCUGUGGUCGGUGAUGCGACGUUUGGCGCUGGUGACGAAGAGCUGUCAGCUUCGUCUGCUGGCGUUGUCGGUGAGGUGAAUGCUGUGGGCAAUACAUCGAGCUCAGCAUUGCGAGUUGACUGCCGCGGCCAUUUGAUCAUUGAAAAUGGUGAUAGUGCUCUCGAAGGAGAGGAAGACAAUGGAAACGCCGAGCAACGUGCCGUCGUGGGUAGCUGGCUGGCGGCUCGCGAAUGUGGCGCAAUUUUCGAGUUACUCAUGCGUCGCGUUCCACUUCCAAGUUCCAACACUACCUCCGAUAGUGUCCCUUUCUUCACUGUUGAAAUGGCACAACGUGCAGGAGAGACAUUGCUAAACUCGUUGUUUGAGCUUAAGCAUAAGGGCGCGGUCGCUACAGCAUACAUGGCAUUUGAAGGUGUUUGUUGCGCCUUUCUUGCUCACGGUGAAGAGAAUGCAGCUCUUGGUGCCUUGCCAUCGCGAUGGGCUGAUCGCUUGUUGGAACGCUUGGAGCGAUCGGAACAGCACUUUAUUUUGCGUCGUAGCUCAGGCUUUGCUUUCAGCUUCGUGGCGAUCCUUCGUGCUGAGCCGCGCAAUUCUGCAGCUGUUAUUUUGCCAAAGGUGAUGUCGACAUUACUACGUCUUGCAGGCGAGGAUACCGACGCAGCAGAAAAGCGUGAGCCGCAUGAGGAGCACCAUUCGCUUUGGCGUGCUCGUGUGCAUGCACUGAACAUUUUAAAGCUCAUUUGCCAGGAUGGAGUACUGACAGAGGAUGUUGCUCGUUACGUUGUGGAUAUGUUUGAGCUUGCUGUGCGCGGAUUUGAUUGCGGGUCAUGGGCUGUACGCAACUCUUCGAUGAUGCUCUUUGCUGCGGCCACUCAGCGUGCCAUUGGAGACAAGCGCAUUGCUGAUGGUGGAGCCCAUCAAAAAGUUACCAGUGACGACGUGUUCUCGCGCUUUCAGCAACUCCGUGGGCUCUUGGCUCGUUACUUGACCAGAUUGCUUGAAAGUGAUAGUGAGUAUUGUGGCGCAUUAGGGGGAGCAGCUCCGCCUGGUCUUUAUCCAUUGCUUCUGUUUUUGAGUCGCCUUCGCCCUGGCGACGAAGCUGAUCAGUGCGUCGCACCUGCAUCAACUUUACCUUGCGACAAUGAAAGUGGAUUGGCGAGCUUUGUUCCGCUCGUUUUAAAAUGCGCUUCCCAGCGGACGAUGGCGAUCCGGCAUAUGGCUGCGAAGGUUUUGGCUUCUAUCAUUACCGAUGCUGAUGCUGCGCCGGUUUUGUCGAUUCUCUGCGCUAAGCUUCCUCAAGGUGUCCGAACCGUGAAGAGCCACCCCACUGAUACGAAAGCGAUAUCGCACAAUGAGGUCCACGGUAUACUCGCUCAAAUUCGGCACCUUGCAACCAAAUUUUUGGCUGUGAGAGGUGCGCGAGAGAAAUGCAUACCCAUCGCAAAUGACGCACAAGCUUUCUUCUUUGAGGUUGUUGUGACCGAAUUGCUUCCAUCAACAAAUUGGCUAUGGAUGGGAAAGAACGCGGAAUCAAUCAACGCUAUCAUUCGUGCAGAGAUGGUGGCGACAAUUGACAUUGUUUUGCAAUACUACGCUGAAAACGCUUCUGAUGUAUUUUCGACGUUGAAGUCGGGCCCGAUCACGGAAGCAUUUAUUCAAUUUGUUCAGCAGACGCAAGCUGAAGUUGAUCGCCAGUUGCAGCAGCGGUGCGAUGCCGAUUGGGCUGCUGCAGUUGUUCUGUCUACUCAGCCGGGCAUGUAUGCAUUGGAUCGUGUAUUGGUGUCAAUUUGGUUUAGCUUGUGGGCGUUGCCUGCGAGUAGUCAAUCAUUAAACUCGAUUGUGAAGAAAAUGUUAAUCUCUAACGUGCUCCAAAUUCGCAAGAAAGCUAUAAAGCAGUUUGGGAACAAGCUGAAUAUUGCGGAUUUGAGCCUGACUUCUGUUGCUGAGCUGCAGACCAUUUUGAUCGGCCAGUUCCUAGUGGAGACACACCCGAAGGUGCGCGCGCGACAAUUGCAGUUACUAAUUCGUUGCCAGCUUCAGCAAGCCAUUAGAGAAACGCAGGCUCAACGAUUGGAUUUACAAAUCCGGCUGAUGCGUACAAUGAGCAUCUCAGCAGACGCGCAAGUUUUAGCGCCAGCGUUAGAGCUGCUCGCUCUUAUGGCGUACAAUCAGCUUUGUGAACACCACACAGAGAACCCGUUGUAUCAAACUCUGUGCCAGGAAAUCGAGUUGCGGUCUGACGAAAGCCAGCCUUUGAUUCUUCGACAAGCUGCUGCUUCUGCGCUUCAUCACAGUGGUCUCCUUCUUCUGCACACGAAGCAGUACGGUAGCACUAUAAUUGCUGACCUAGCACUGACUGGCUGGAUGAGCGCACUGCGACUGCUUCAAGAUGAUAAAGGCAGUGUAAGAGCUGUCGCACGACACGCUAUACAGAAGGCCUUUGAUGCUGUUGGUAUUGCCUCUGCAAAAGGCUCGUUGUCUGAUGCAACGAUGCUGCCUCUUGCAGUAGAGUAUAUCUCUGCCUCAUUUGUUUGCACUGGACAUGGCGCAACGUCAUUGUCGAAGGCGUUGCUCCAGCUAAUCGAUGCUCCUAGCGUACUUUCAGCAUACGCUGGUGCUGCUGGCGCAAAGGCUCAAGACUGGGAUAACUUGUACCGCCGAAUUUUCGAGUUUGAAAGUAGCAACUAUUUUGCUGAGCGCGACGUGCUUGCACAAAACAUCAUAUACUCCCUAUUGGCUCGUGCAACGGAAGAUGCAGAGCCGAUUUGCCUUUUGCGCAAGCAGGUCUUGAUACUGGUUACCGUCGCGCUACAAAUUCUGAACCAGGAGGCACAGUGUUCAGACGAGGAAGGUGGACGAUGGUUGGGAGGUAUCCCUUACUACCCGGACGUGUUUGCUCCUCUGCUUGGACUUUUUACGGCGGGUGUUGCCAUCGUAACUUCGACGUCGUGUCUGCUCACUGAUGAUCUCCAGUCUCUAGCGCUUCAAAUUCGUCAGCUUGCUCAGGAAGCAUAUGAUAUUCUCAGCAACGACAAUGUCACGCAUCCUCUGCUAUUACGAGCGCUUGAAAUGCUUAACAGUACGGACCAGCAUCCACCAACACAAGAUGGGAUUGAAUCUGUGAGAGACUUGCUGUAUUUGACGCCGUACUGGACGCCUUUGGUGCCUGGUUCGACGCUUCCUUAG